AUGACCAAAGAUGACGAAGACAUUGAUGUAUCUGUCGACGACGAGUUCCAUGGCGAUAGCCACGAGCAGGAUGGUCUACUACCCUCAUCGAAUGACCAGACCCCUGUGUUAACCCGAGACUCUUCCACCGCCGAUCUCGAUCCCACCCGACCUUCAGCACAGAGACAUUCUUCUCUCUCACACUCUAGAACCAAUGGCACUCCACGAACAAACCAGCGAGUUCGCUUUGAACUGGAUGACAAUGCUAAUGGGAACGGGCAAGUCAGAGAAGAAUGGAUAGACGAUGAAGACUACCUCAACUCUCCUAGACAAGAUGUGCCCCUUCUCACGGAUAUUACACCUCCAGCGGAGUCACCGUUCCUCUCGGAUUCCUUCCAGCCCGAAGAAUACUUGCCAGAUGCGCGACCAAAGAGUGGGAUGCAAAGUGCCUUCAUGAACAUGGCGAAUUCCAUUAUCGGCGCCGGCAUAAUUGGCCAACCAUAUGCUUUUAGGCAGGCCGGUCUGACCAUGGGCACGAUACUCCUUGUUGUGCUGACAAUUACCGUCGAUUGGACAAUCCGAUUGAUCGUAAUUAACAGUAAAUUGUCCGGUGCAGAUUCGUUCCAGGCGACUAUGCAACAUUGCUUUGGCAAAAGUGGCCUGAUAGCCAUCUCGGUAGCGCAAUGGGCGUUUGCUUUCGGCGGCAUGAUCGCAUUCUGUAUCAUUGUCGGAGACACCAUUCCGCAUGUCAUUGAGGCGCUUUUCCCGGGCCUUGUGAAUGUUCCGUUUCUAUGGCUUUUGACUGAUCGGAGAGCCGUUAUUGUGUUGUUUAUAUUGGGCAUCAGUUGGCCGCUGAGUCUCUAUCGUGAUAUUGCGAAGCUAGCCAAAGCAUCGACUCUAGCAUUGAUCAGCAUGUUCAUCAUUAUUGUGACAGUUGUCACCCAAGGCGCAGUCGUCGAUCCAGAUCUUCGGGGAAGUGUCAAGGGACUUCUUUUCGUCAAUGACGGCUUCUUUCAAGCUGUUGGGGUUAUCUCAUUUGGUAAAUUCAGCGUCGAUUGA